UCUUUUGCCAAAGUGAGGCUACUCAAUUAACCGUGCAGCGGAUCGAACCAUGUUUCCACUCAAUUCUGCCAUAUAUAACCCUGGAGUCGACUCUACUCUGAGCCCACUGGGGACUUCGCAGAGGCCACCUCGAGCUUCACUUUCCAAGCGAAAUCCCAGGACAUAUUCGGCCGGACACCAGCCCAAACAUGACAACCCAACGUGUUGUCCCAUCCGACCGCGAGGUCGCUGAGCUGCAGAGGGCAGAAGGGCAAACAACGGAUCUCAUCCGACAGGCCCAAGAAAGCGAUGAGACCGACCGAAAGUUAACAAUCCGGCAGGCCGUGAGCAAAUACAAAAAGGCCGUUUUCUGGGCCAUGUUUCUUUCGACUAGCCUAGUCAUGGAGGGUUAUGAUCUUGUUAUUAUAACAUCCUUUUAUGGGCAAAGCCAGUUCCAAGAGCGAUUCGGUGUAUACGACCCCGCCUCAGACAAGAAAUUGAUUCCAGCUGCGUGGCAGUCUGGUCUUUCAAACUCAGCCCUCGUUGGCCAGCUUGCAGGCCUCAUCGUUAACGCAACCUGCCAGGACCGGUUUGGGUGCCGGCCUACUAUGAUGUUCUUCAUGGGAUGGAUGGCAGUGGCAAUAUUCAUUCCUGUUUUCGCUCCAUCGCUUCAAGUUCUGGCCUUUGGAGAGGCGUUUUGCGGUAUAUCCUGGGGUGUAUUUCAGACACUAUCGACUACGUAUGCUUCCGAGGUCGUGCCUACUAUUCUCAGACCAUACGUCACAGCAUAUGUUUGUAUGUGCUGGGGUGGUGGAAUCCUUCUCUCAUCCGGGGUUGUCCGCGCCGUGGCUGGGCUAGAGGGUGACAUGGGCUGGCGACUUCCAUUUAUUCUGCAAUGGGUCUGGCCCAUUCCUCUAUUUAUCGGCGCAUAUUUUGCGCCAGAGUCUCCAUGGAACUCCGUUCGUAGGGAUAAACCCCACGAAGCAAGGCGGAGCCUAAUGCGUCUGUAUCAAAACAUGCCGGACAGCGAAGAACGAGCUGAACAGACCCUGGCGUAUAUCAAGUACACGACAGAGAUGGAAAGGUCCGAAACGGCCAAUGCAAGCUUCCUCGAGUGCUUCAAGGGAACUAAUUUGCGGAGGACAGAGAUCAAAAGUAAUUUGAUUUUCCAGAAUUGCGUCGUCUGGGCCGCCCAGAUACUCUGUGGGAAUGCCAUUCUCGGAUACUCGGUGGUGUUUCUCCAAGCCGCGGGUUUCAGCGAGCUGCAAGCGUUCAACAUCAACAUUUCAUUAUCGGCCUGCUAUAUCGUUGGUGGGAUCAUUUGCUGGUUCCUCUUCCCACAUGUUGGGAGAGCGACGAUCUACAUAAGCGGCUUGACCUUCAUGUUCUUUUGCCUUGUCACCAUCGGAGGUCUCUCCUGGGGUCCCGGGAAGGAUGCCCAGCUCGCGAUUGGAAUCAUAUUGGUGAUAUCCACACUAUGCAAUAUGAUUGCAAUCGGACCGACAUGCUACCCCAUUGUGGCGGAAACACCAUCUGGGCGCCUGAGGUAUAAGACAAUCACUAUUGGGCGGUUCGUCUACAAUCUGACCAGCAUCUUCUCCAACUCUGUCACGCCUCGUAUGCUUUCACCAACAUCGUGGAAUUGGGGAGCCAAAGCGGCCUUCUUCUACGCGGGCACCAAUUUACUCUGCAACAUAUGGUGCUGGUUCCGAUUGCCAGAAACUAAGGACCGGACCUUUGGAGAAAUCGACUUGCUCUUCACUCAUCGUGUACCAGCGAGGAAAUUCAAGUCCACUCAUGUUGACCAAUUCGCGCAUGGUGGGGACUACUUAUCCAAGGAGGAAUUGGAGCAUCGGGAGAAUGUGGAGUGAGCCGGCAGGCUUUUAUGAUUCGGUAUAUUGGUAGUGAUCGUAAUAGCGCAAAGAACUGUGCAGAUAGGUAGUUGAUAGCAAUUU